GUGAGAGGCCGCCGCCCUCCCAGGGGCCGGGUAGAGUCCAGGGAAGGUCUGAAGGAGGCUCCUCCCCCCACCCCCGGCGACUGAGUAAGAAAUUGCCUAAUUAUGGCACCUUCAGGAAGAAAACAUGCAGGGAAAUCUGGGAAACUAGCAAUGGAAGCUCAAGUGAGCCGAGCUUAUGAUUUUGACAAAGAAGACAAGAAAGAUCUGAGUGGUUCUGAGGAAUAUGCUAGGGAAGAAGAGACGACAGUAAUUGAAAAGCAUGGGAAAAAAAGACCUUCUACAGUCAUUAGUCAUGAAACAGUUGAAGAAGAUAUGGGGGGUGAAGUACAGAACAUGUUGGAAAGAUUUGGAGCUGAUAUUAACAAGGCUCUCCUUGCAAAGAGGAAAAGAUUGGAAAUGUAUACUAAGGCUUCUCUUAAAACUAGCAAUCAGAAAAUUGAGCAUGUGUGGAAAACACAACAAGAGCAGAGGCAAAAACUCAACCAAGAAUAUUCUCAGCAGUUCCUGACCUUAUUUCAGCAGUGGGAUGUGGAUGUUCAGAAAGCUGAGGAACAGGAAGAAAAACUAGCUAAUAUGUUUCGACAACAGCAAAAGGUUUUCCAACAAGCCAGAAUAGUUCAGAGCCAGAGACUGAAAACAAUUAAACAACUAUAUGAACAGUUCUUAAAGAAUAUGGAAGACUUGGAGAAGAAUCACGAAAGCCUUCUUACAGGUGCACAAAAUGAACUUAGAAAAGAAAUGGCCAUGUUACAAAAGAAAAUUAUGAUGGACACUCAGCAGCAAGAAAUGGCAAGUGUUCGAAAAUCUCUUCAGUCCAUGUUAUUCUGAUGGCUCUUUGAAGAAUGAACUUGGACCUGAGUAAUAUGAUACAAUUACAACCAUUAGCUGAAGGAAAUGCAAAUAUUGGCUGUGGCUUUAGAAAUCGAGUUUAAAGGUUAUCUACUGUUACGUGGCUUGUUUAUCAGUGCAAGAUCUUCUGUUUUAUAUUGAUUGAAAAUGCCUACAUGAAUAAUAAAGAGCAAGUUUAAAUGUACUAUCUUUCAGGUUCUUUGGUAUUAGUGAACUAUUUCCCCCCCAUUGUUAGCAAUUAAAAGCUAAUGGCUUCUAGCAAUAAAGAUUGAAUUGAAUUUCACAUUUCAGCCUCACUAGCUCUUUUUAGCUGCACAAAAUACUAACCAUCUCAACUGCUAAAAAUUGGACUGAGUCCUGAGAAACAUGUAAGUAUAUAUACAUUGAUGUUUUUUAAAAAUCAGUUUGUGUUCUAUAGUAAAUGAAACAGCCAAGAAAGUGAUUCAUUAGUUUGAAAGACUGAACAGAGUAUCUGAACUUCAGUUCUAAGGAAUGAAAGUUAUUUAUAAUUAAAUAACAGGCUCUUGGCACUCACUGAUUGAAAACAUUUCAUAAACAUAUGUACAUUUUAGAGAUUGAUACUGCUAUUUAACAUUCUUGCUUGGGGUAUUUCAUAUCUGCCUUUAUGCAAAAACAAGUAUUCUUUCCAAAUUAAUAUUUACAUGAAAUAACAUGGAAUUUUGAUUUUACUUUCUCAUUCAAGUUUAAGCAAUAUUUUGCCUGUGUACUUUUUUACAUGUAGCACAUGAAAUCUACAAUCACAUUUGAAUUUAGUAAAUACAGAAUUAAUUAGCACAUGCUUGAAAAUCAUUUGGUUAAGCUUGUAGUUACUGAAAAUCAAAGGAUCAAAAUGAAUAAUGUGCCCAAUAGGAGGAGAGGAGUGACUUUCUCACUUUUCACACUUUCCCUCUUCCCCCAAUUUGAGUUUUUCUAGGCUAAUACAAGUCCAUACAGAUUCUCUGUGGUAGUUUACAAAAGAAGCAGUUAAAGAUAAUUUUGCAUUAUGAAUUAAGAGGAACAUUAUUCUUUCUGCAGAAUCCUAUAGAGGGAUGUAAUUUUACUCUUGGGGCAAAGUCUAUACUGGCAAAACAGAUCUUCAGUUCUGUUUCAGAAUUUGAAGAGGGGUAGGGUAUGUAUUGAAUUUAGUCUGUUGGGGGAAAAAGUUCUUCAUAACUAGCUGUAGGAUGUUUUUCAUCAUAUUUAGUUCUUCUAAGGACUAUUUUCUCCUUUGAAGAGAGGACAAAUGAGUUUUUAUAAUUCAGUGCAAAAUCAGCAUUUUCCCCAGCUUGUUAAUAAUAUGUGAAGUAGUUCUCUGAUUGUCUUUCUGAUUAUUCAUUUUGGGACUGGGAGACUGGUGGCAUUUGUAAUAAAUAAUGAAUAAAUUGAAAAGGGCUGGGAGAAUCAUUUGAAACUAAGAUUAUUAGAAGUUGGAAUUCUUUUGAGGUACUGCUAUUCAAUCAAUAUGUGGCCUGGAUUUUAAGAAGUAGGGUUAUUUUGCUAUAGUGGUUUUUAAAUUGUAGUUGUUUGUAGACAAUUCUUGCUUUUCUGUGGGUAACACAAAUCCCAAUAAUUUCUAAACUUCGAUAAUCAACAAUAGUUCUAAAUCAUUUAUCAGUUCUUACUGUUACUGGAAAAAUAUUAAUAGACUUAAGAACUAAUCCAUAUAGGAGCUAGUAAUUUCUCUAGUAGUGGAACAAUGAUCACCUUUGCAUCUGUUAACAGAAAAAUGGCAAACAAUGCUGGGUUGAUAAAAUCUUCUCUUGUAAACACUGUUUUUGAUUUAACUUGAGAUGCAUGCACAUCUUUACCACUUUUGCCCAUUAUUAAAUUAAGACAGCAUUAUGAGCCAUGCACUUGAGGUGUGUCUAAAAAGUGAACUGCCUUAAAAGUUUUUUCACAGAUAAAAGAAAGACUAAUAAUGUAAAAAUUAAUAUUAAAAACAUUCAAAAUAGCCAUUUUAGCUAAUUAAUUU